UUCAGGUUGGAAAUACCACUGUAGUCCACGGCUUUUGUCCAUGUUUAAGUGCUUUGGUAAAAGAAAAAGACGAGGAGGGGCUAAGUGGAGAAGAGGGCGUAGAUCUAACAAAUUGGGCUGUGAAUCGUAGCUAAUUUAGCUGCACAGGGAAACGCAGUGUCCAGCUAAACAUAGCCGUGAGACGAAGCCCCUUCCAGAGAAGUUUUAGGGUUCGAAACGAGCUCUGUGCCAUCCCUUUUCGAAAGUCGAAGCUCAACUCCGAUUCUCUUCUCUCUGCCGCGUCUCUCUGCCGUCGCUGCAGAUUUCUCGUCGGCAAUCAUGUCUGGAAAGAAGAAAGUUAGAGAAGUCAAGGAGGAGAAUGUCACCUUGGGUCCUACCGUGAGGGAAGGAGAGCAUGUAUUCGGAGUUGCCCAUAUCUUUGCCUCCUUCAACGACACCUUUGUUCACGUGACUGAUCUGUCAGGAAAGGAAACCAUCUGCCGUGUCACCGGUGGAAUGAAAGUGAAGGCGGAUCGUGAUGAGUCCUCUCCCUACGCAGCUAUGCUUGCUGCUCAGGAUGUUGCUCAAAGAUGCAAGGAGCUAGGAAUCACUGCACUUCACAUCAAGCUCCGUGCCACUGGUGGAAACAAAACUAAAACACCAGGUCCCGGCGCUCAAUCUGCUCUCCGUGCCCUGGCUCGUUCAGGGAUGAGGAUUGGCCGCAUUGAGGAUGUCACGCCUAUUCCUACUGACAGCACCCGAAGGAAGGGUGGUCGCAGGGGUCGUCGUCUGUAGAUUUUGCAUCUACUUUUGGUGUCCAGAGUUGCCAUCGAUUUGAUAGUAAAGCUUACGGGACUUCCUUUUUAUCAUGGUUCUUCGAAAGAAUUUUGCUAUCUCUCCGUGUUCACCCAUUUUCCAACAACCGUAAUCGGUACAUAGGGCUCUACAAGACUCCAUGUCUAGCAUCGAUCUUGAGCUCUAAGAGUUUUCCCUGGCUGGUGUAUCUGAUGAGUUGGAUCUGCGAUGAUCUCGUGCUAGUAGAUCUAUAGAAGGCAAGGCUGUCAGGCUUUGCAAUUGUGGACCCAUUAUAAUUGAGUACAAGAAAUUAUUUGAAGCGCCAGCUAGUCGCGACCCAACAAAUUGUAAUCAAGUCUCUAUGGUAUCAUCACUAUGGUAUUACCCG